GCCGCCUUCGCCGGGCCCCGCCGGGCCCCUCCGGGCGCGGGCCGCCCGCCAUGGGGUCCCUGUUCCGGAGCGAGCCCAUGUGCCUGGCGCAGCUCUUCCUGCAGUCGGGCACGGCCUACGAGUGCCUCAGCGCGCUGCUCAACCAGAAUGUAAGUUCUUUUCAAAGAAAAUUUGUUGGUGAGGUGAAGAGAUGUGAAGAACUAGAACGAAUAUUGGUGUAUCUGGUGCAGGAAAUUACUAGAGCUAAUAUACCCCUGCCUGAGGGAGAGGUCAGUCCUCCUGCACCCCCUCCAAAACAGGUUCUGGAAAUGCAGGAGCAGUUGCAGAAGCUUGAGGUCGAACUGAGAGAAGUCACCAAGAACAAGGAGAAACUGAGGAAGAACCUGCUUGAACUGAUCGAGUAUACUCACAUGCUGCGAGUGACUAAAACCUUCGUUAAGCGAAAUGUCGAGUUUGAACCCACCUAUGAGGAAUUCCCGUCUCUGGAGAACGACUCUUUGCUGGACUACAGCAGCAUGCAGAGGCUGGGGGCAAAGCUGGGGUUUGUGUCUGGCCUAAUUCAUCAAGGAAAAGUUGAUGCAUUUGAAAAAAUGCUAUGGAGGGUCUGCAAAGGGUAUACCAUCGUGACCUAUGCAGAACUGGAUGAGUCCCUGGAAGACCCCGAAACAGGAGAAGUCAUAAAAUGGUACGUGUUCUUGAUAUCCUUCUGGGGAGAGCAGAUUGGCCAUAAGGUCAAGAAGAUAUGUGAUUGUUACCACUGCCACAUUUACCCCUAUCCAAACACUGUUGAGGAGCGAAAGGAGAUUCAGGAGGGGCUGAAUACUCGGAUCCAGGAUCUCUACACUGUGCUUCACAAAACUGAGGAUUAUUUGAGGCAAGUGCUGUGUAAAGCCGCGGAGUCGGUGUACAGCAGAGUCAUCCAGGUGAAGAAGAUGAAAGCCAUUUACCACAUGCUGAACAUGUGCAGCUUCGACGUGACCAACAAGUGCCUCAUUGCUGAGGUCUGGUGUCCUGAGGCUGAUCUGCGUGACCUGCGCCGGGCGCUAGAGGAGGGCUCGAGAGAGAGUGGUGCUACCAUACUCUCAUUUAUGAACACGAUCCCCACAAAAGAAACACCCCCAACCCUAAUCCGGACCAACAGAUUCACCGAGGGAUUUCAGAACAUCGUGGAUGCUUAUGGCGUUGGGAGCUACAGGGAAGUGAAUCCAGCUCUCUUCACCAUCAUUACAUUCCCGUUUUUGUUUGCUGUGAUGUUCGGAGACCUUGGCCACGGCUUUGUGAUGUUCUUAUUUGCCCUCUUAUUGGUGAUAAAUGAAAAUCGUCCCGGACUGAACCAGUCACAGGAGAUCUUGAGGAUGUUUUUCAAUGGCCGAUACAUCCUCCUGCUCAUGGGGCUGUUCUCAGUGUACACAGGCCUCAUCUACAACGACUGCUUCUCCAAGUCACUCAACAUCUUUGGCUCUCGGUGGAACGUGUCUGCCAUGUACAGCUCCAGUCACACUCAGCAGGAGCACGAGAAGCUGGUGCUGUGGAACGACAGCGUCGUGAGGCACAGCAGGGUGUUGCAGUUGGACCCAGCCAUUCCUGGAGUGUUCCGAGGCCCUUAUCCUUUUGGGAUUGACCCAAUUUGGAACUUGGCAACCAAUCGCCUCACUUUCCUAAAUUCUUUCAAAAUGAAAAUGUCUGUGAUUUUAGGAAUUAUUCACAUGACUUUUGGUGUCACUCUGGGAAUAUUUAACCACUUGCACUUCAGGAAGAAGUUCAACAUCUUCCUGGUUUCCAUCCCGGAGCUCCUUUUCAUGCUCUGCAUUUUCGGAUACCUCAUCUUCAUGAUUGUCUAUAAGUGGCUCGUGUUUUCAGCAGAAAAUUCCAGGGAAGCUCCCAGCAUUCUGAUUGAGUUCAUCAACAUGUUCAUAUUCCCAGCAAGUGGAACAAGUGGCCUCUACCCAGGGCAGGAGCACGUCCAGAAAGUGCUGCUGGUCGUCACAGCGCUGUCUGUUCCUGUUCUCUUCUUGGGAAAACCACUUUUCUUGUUGUGGCUACACAAUGGGCGGAGUUGCUUUGGUGUGAGCCGGAGUGGUUACACGCUCGUAAGGAAAGAUAGCGAGGAAGAAGUUUCUCUGCUGGGAAACCAGGACAUAGAAGAGGGGAAUAACCAAAUGGAAGAUGGAUGCAGAGAAAUGAUGUGUGAAGAGUUUAAUUUUGGAGAAAUACUGAUGACGCAAGUGAUCCACUCCAUUGAGUAUUGUCUGGGCUGCAUCUCCAACACUGCGUCCUACCUGCGGCUCUGGGCGCUCAGCUUGGCUCAUGCACAGCUGUCUGAUGUCCUGUGGGCCAUGCUGAUGCGAGUAGGCCUGCGAGUGGACACCACCUACGGCGUCUUGCUGCUGCUCCCGGUGAUUGCUCUCUUUGCAGUUUUGACAAUUUUCAUCCUCUUGAUCAUGGAAGGGCUUUCUGCAUUUCUUCAUGCCAUACGCCUCCACUGGGUAGAAUUUCAGAACAAAUUCUACGUUGGUGCAGGCACCAAAUUUGUUCCUUUCUCAUUCAGUCUAUUUUCAUCGAAGUUCAGUGAUGGUGACAACGUGGCAUGAUCAUAUUGCUAUAACCAAUGAGCUUUCAGAUUUAUGGAGAAUAUCAUGUUAUAGAAUUUCACAUAUGUCAAAUUUAUGAUAGGAAAAAUUCUGUCUUCAUUGAUUGCCUUAUGACGUAGCCAAAUAAUUCUGUAAGAUAUACCUCUUCCUCAUAUGUUAAAUAUUUUGUAAUGUUUAUCAAUUUCAGACACAUAAUUUUUUUUUGGUUUUUAUUAUGAGCAAGUGUAAGUUCAUGCCAAAUGUUAUGUUAAAGUUAUUUUUUAAAAUACAGGAUCGGGGGAGAGAAGCCAAUUUUGGAUGGCUAAUUGAAAAUGGUCUUAGAUACUUGAUUCCUUUUAAACCUUAUUAAAAAAUACAGAGCUUA